AUGAACCCACAUCAUUCAACUACCCAAGAUAUCAACAAUCCAACCACAAAUUCCUAUGUAUUUAUGGGUGCUUUGGCUAAACAUAUGGAUCCAAAGAGUGCAAGUUUCACAUCUAUCAUUGAUAAAUUGGUCAUUGCUCUUUCAACUCCAUCAGAGAAUGUCCAAGUCAGUGUUUCAAAAUGCAUUUCUCAAUUAAUUUCUAGCUUCAAAGAACAAGGCAGUAGAUUAGUUCCAAUCCUUAUAGAAAACUUAAAAUCAUCAUCCAAUAUUUAUGCUGGUAGUAGAGUUGCUGCUUUUGGUUUAGUCGGUACUGAUAAGGGUCUUGGUAUCAGUUCAUUAAAGAAUCUUGGUAUUUUAGAUUCCCUUAAAUCCUGUAUUGAAGAUAAGAAACAUCCAACUUCAAGACAAGGUGCCCUUUUUGCCUUUGAAUGUCUUUGCAAUACCAUUGGUCGUGUUUUUGAACCAUAUGUCAUUCACAUUCUUCCAAAACUUUUAGUUUGUUUUGGUGAUAAUGUUGGUGAGGUUAGAGAUACCAAAGCUACUAUGUCACAAUUAUCAGGUCAUGGUGUUAAAAUUUACCAGCUCUCUUGA